GCGGUGGGGGUAGUCAGCUAGUUUCGAGGAGCAUCGACUUCCUUUAUCGUCGUUACAGUUCCGUUAAAAUCACCCCCAAUUUUUCCGCAAAAACCCUAACCCCCAAAUUCAAAGCCAAUCAUCCAUUCCCACAACUCCGAAAUCGAAACCCUAAUUCCAGAUCUCUCCAAUGGACACACACUCAUCUCACCUAACCGCACCACUCCGCUCACGCAGCUCCCAAUCCCCCUCCCCAUCCCACUCCGCCUCCGCCUCCGCCACAUCCUCCAUCCACAAACGCAAACUCACCGCGCCUGAUGACCACGCGCCGCCCUUCCCCUCCUCCUUCUCCGACACUCGCGACGGCGCACUCACCUCCAACGACGACCUCGAGAGCAUCAGCGCCCGCGGCGGCGCUGACUCCGACGACUCCGAAGAGUUCGAGGACGUUGUGGACGACGAUGAGGAGGAGUAUGAUGAUUCGUCGAUGCGGAACUUUACGGCGUCCAGAUUGGAGAAUAAUGUUGGAUCUACCGGGAGGAAUACGAAGAUGAAGACGGAGAGUAGUUCGGUGAAAGUUGAGGCGGCGGAGGUAGGGAAGGAUGGAGGUGGAGGCGGAGGUUUGGCGGAGGUUGGUGCGGUGGCGGUUUCGGUUUCGACUCCCGGUGGAGUGGUGGUGAAGGAUGAUACGGUUAAGAGUAUAUUUACUGAGAAUUUGCAGACGAGUGGAGCGUAUUGUGCCAGAGAAGAGAGUUUGAAACGAGAGGAGGAAGCAGGGAAACUCAAGUUUGUAUGCGUAUCGAAUGAUAAAAUUGAUGAACAUAUGAUGUGGUUAAUUGGACUGAAGAAUAUAUUUGCAAGGCAACUACCUAACAUGCCUAAGGAAUACAUUGUUCGUCUUGUGAUGGAUAGAAGCCACAAAUCUGUAAUGGUUAUCAGGCGCAAUACUGUUGUUGGUGGGAUUACAUAUCGCCCUUAUCUCAGCCAAAAGUUCGGAGAAAUAGCUUUUUGUGCAAUCACAUCAGAUGAGCAAGUGAAGGGUUAUGGCACUAGAUUGAUGAAUCAUUUAAAACAACGUGCACGAGAUGAUGAUGGACUUACUCAUUUUCUAACUUACGCAGACAACAAUGCUGUUGGUUAUUUUAAUAAACAGGGCUUUACAAAAGAUAUAUACUUGGAGAAAGAACGGUGGCAUGGGUAUAUAAAAGAUUAUGAUGGAGGGAUUCUUAUGGAAUGUAAAAUUGAUCCAAAGCUUCCAUACACUGAUUUAUCAACCAUGAUUCACCGUCAGAGGCAGGCAAUCGAUGAGAAAAUAAGAGAGCUCUCUAAUUGUCACAUUGUGUACCCUGGUAUUGAUUUCCAUAAGAAAGAAGCUGGAAUUCCAAAAAGGAUCUGUAAACUUGAAGACAUUCCUGGGUUGAGGGCAGCUGGGUGGACUCCUGAUCAAUGGGGACAUUCUCGCUUCAAAUGUUUCAACGCUUCCCCAGAUGGUACCUUAAGUCCAAAGUUGACUGGAUUCAUGCGUUCCAUUCUAAAGGCAAUGCUUGACCAUGCUGAUGCUUGGCCUUUUAAGGACCCUGUUGAUGUACGUGAUGUUCCGGAUUAUUAUGACAUCAUCAGAGAUCCCAUGGAUCUUAAGACCAUGUCAAGACGGGUUGAAUCUGAACAGUAUUAUGUAACACUUGAGAUGUUCAUUGCUGAUGCAAGGAGGAUGUUUGCCAAUGCUAGAACAUAUAAUUCUCCAGAAACGAUUUAUUUUAAAUGUUCCACCAGGCUUGAAUCGUUCUUCUCGAGUAGAGUUCAGGCUGGUGUCCAAUCGUUUAUGAAAAUUCAGCAAUAAGAAGCGAAAAUUGAAAGAUCAUUCGUUGUCGUAAAUUUGUUGUGUUUAUUUUGUAGUGUAAUUUAUAUAGAACACGACUAUAGAUGCUCAAAAAUCCUGGUCCAGGUGAUCGGUAAGUUUAGAAAUGCAACUAUCAGGUUAGGGCUGGUGCAUCCAUUGUGGGUCGAACCAUGCCUUGUCCUGAACCAUAACCAUAUGCUUCGUCUUUGUUUAGUAUUUUAACCAUCAGCCGUUAAAAAAGUUGCUUUAAAUCA